GCCACAGAGCCCAAACUUGAUUUUCAUGUCACAAAUUUGUUUUCUAGGUUUGUCUUUCAGCAUUUCAGUUUUAUCUUAACAGCAUGUAAGUACACAAGUAUCCAUACUGCCAAAUACAAUCUUGGACUAACCACCACCACUUCUUGAGAUUUCCCUUCUAUGAGAAUAAAUUCCUAGGAGAAAUCUACUCCAGGCCUUCAGCGCAAGCAACCAGCAAAUUUGCUCUAAAUCAAGCACAGCCUUGCAGAAACAGCCUGGAGAUUCUUGGAUAACUGUUAACAUCAAAUGAGGACAUGCUUGCAGCCUACUGCCCCCUUCUGGCCCUGCUCAGAAACAAAACCACACUGGCAUACUACAGUACUGAUUUGCGUUAGCACUCAAAGAUCAAGGCAACAAACAGCAGGAUAUAUAAUCAUUUGGCUAAACAAACCCUAUGUUCACUUGCCUGAAUUGAAUUCUAUUUUGUUGCUGACAUUUGGUGGCCUUUGUUUUCAAAUUGUCCUGCUAGAAUCUAGUAGAUGCUAUCUUUCACACUCUGUGAAUUGCAUCCAUUUAUAAUCAAUGUAUUUAUUGGAGCCAGCAUGAUAACUCUGAGCUGCCAUACCUUCAUACAUGCAUUACAAUAGUGCAUAAAAAUAUCUGUUAUAAAUUUAGAAAGCUCCUAAUUGCACUAUUCUAUUUCCAGCUGUUGGGAUCUGCAGCACGAAUUUUAAUUAAUGACUAAAUUAAUGCUGCAGAUAUUAGCAGCAGGAAGCAGCUACAUUAUUCAAAUAGACUUUGAAAUGAUCAGAUUUUUAUCUCCCAGAACAGCACUCAGAUUAAUAUGAAAGUUGUCUUUGUUCUGUUGAAGAGACCAGAAUUACACAAGAGGCUAGAGGAGGUCAGAUGCUAAAUAUUUAAAAAGCAGGCUGAACUUGCAGCAACUACCAUUUGAUGCAGACUCCUCUUUAGUGAUGGCACAAAUUGCUCUUCCUUUAUACAAGGACCAACUGCCGCUUCCUUCAGAAAAUCAGAAUAUGUUCCAAGACUUCAAAGGCCAAUUCUCAUGCACAUGUAUGUUACUUCAGCUCAGUUUGACCCAGCAUGUAAGCCUGCAGGAACAAACCAUUGGCAAUGGUUUCCAGCUUGUGCAAAAUAUGCCUUGGUCUACAAAUUGAGCAGAAUGUGGUAAAAUUCUAGAAUGGACAGUACCUCUUUAAACUAAAGAAUGCUAUAUUGGAAUGCUCCCUUCAAAAACCACACUGCCCUUUGUCAGGGAGCAAAGAUCUAGCCCAUGUCAGCUUCCUACAUGCAAAUAUUUAUUACUACUACUCAAGAGGCGUAGCUAGGGGGAGGGGGGGCACUGGCCGCCACACUGUCUUCUGGGAGUGACGCAGUGGCUCAGGCGCCUGCAGGUUCAGUGCUGCCUAAAGCAGCAGCAUGGGGCUUGCAUCUGCCCACUGCCCCUUCCUCAGCCGCCCUACAGCUGAGGGGGAGGUGGUGGCAAGUCUCUGCACAGCAUGCCCUGCCCCAACGUGCCCCUCCCCUGCGUGUAGGGUGCGUGUGCCGCCCAGGACACCCAAGCGGCUAGCUACGCUGCUGCUACUACAGUGGUACCUCUAGUUACAAACUUAAUUUGUUCCGGAGGUCCGUUCUUAACCUGAAACUGUUCUUAACUAGAGGUGUGCUUUCACUAAUGGGGCCUCUUGCUGCCGCUGCGCCGCCAGCACACGAUUUCCGUUCUCAUCCUGGGGCAAAGUUCUCAAUUCGAGGUAACUCUUCCAGGUUAGUGGAGUUUGUAACCUGAAGCAUUUGUAACCUAAGACGUUUGUAACUUGAGGUAGCACUGUACUGCCAUAUAGAAGGGCAUUCAAAAAUACGAUUCUCCUCUAGUACAAGUCCUGCUUGUAGGCUUCCCAUAGACAUCUGCCUGGCCACCGUGAGAACAGCAUGCUGGAUUAGUUGGGCCUUUGUUCUGAUCCAGUUGGGCUCUUCUUAUGUAAAGUGGUAAUGGCUAUUCUACCACUUAGGAACUCUUAUCACUUAAUUCUUCUGCACAUGUAGAUGCAGACCACACACCAUGAGAGGUAUAUGCACAUGAAGCUGCUAAGUUUGCUCAAGCUCUCCACCUCCUUUGUGAUCAAUAGAUUAUAGCACACCACACUGCAAGCAUAGCCUUCAUAGAGACAGAAGAAGCAGGUAGCAAAGUAAAAUAUUAUCACCCCCCUCCCCAUCUGCUGGUGCAUCUGUGGUAGGACAGGAUCCUUCUCCUUUCAGCUACCACGGACACCAACUACCCUGUAAGGAAGAAGCAGCUAAUGAGACAAAAUGUCACCAUCACUAUAUAGUUAAAUAGGACAGUUAAAAACCACACACUUCAAUUUUUUUUAAAUGAUUGAUUUUUAAAUAAAUAUGUAAGCCACUCUUGGAGCUGUGUCACCUAAAGGUCAAAGGAAAUGCUUUAGAUAAAUAAAACACACCACACAAUGUGGCUCCUGUCCCACUGACUCAGAUGAAUGUAUGAACCACUUUGAUUAAAAUAUUAUAACAUAUAUGAAACUGGUGCCUGUACUGGCUUUCAUACUUGUGACUCAUUGACUGAUGUUAUAAGCCCUAUUUGGGCAUUCUUUGUUCCUCUGUAGAACAAGGAGUGAGGCCUUGCUAAGUAUUCCUUGGCAUUACAUGUGUUCUUCUGCAGCAAGGGAGCCUUCAUUGAAUGAAGGCAACAUUGAUCACAUUUACCCAGCCUUUAGGAAGGUAUUUGAAAUCUCCCAUUAACAUAACACUUCCUACUUGGGAUACCUCAUUGAUUUCAUUCUCCAUCUCAAGUACCCCCUGCACUUAAUUAAUUUUGAUACUGAUACUACCACUGAGUGAUUCUAUGAAGGAGUCUACACCUCUGAAAAUUUCUAAUUUGUUGGACGUCUGUGCCCUCUUUGUUAUACAGAGCAACAUGACUUCCAAAAUGCCUUCCAUUAGAGAAGAGAUGGGGAAUUGGACUCACCAAUAGGCCAGAUGCGUAAUACCAUUUAAAUCCUGGAGGCCAACUGACAGGUGGGCAGCCGAAGGCCACCCAGCCUUUAAAGUCAAUUUUCAGGUGCAGUUUGGAUUCGAACCAUACCAGCAAACAAAUCAGCACUGACAGUGAGCCCCCUCAGCUGUCCUAUGCAGUUUUUGAUUGGGAACUUCUCCUUGCUGUUGAUUCCAGUAGCCCCACGUGCAAAAGACCAGCCCUACACUUGAUGUCACGUCAGCUGUGGGGCAGAUGAGCAAGGUUUAAGGAAAACAGUCCCAUGGGCCCAGAUGGGACCCAUGUCUGGGCCUAACUAAGCCCAUAGGGUGGAAGUUACCCCUUUGUAGUGUUUGUACAGAAAGAUAACCAUGACCCACUGGUUCUCUCCACCAGGUUGCCAUUAUGUUCACUAUAUCUAUGCUCUCCUUUAAAACCAAGCACUCCAGCUCAGCCAUUUGGUCCAGCAGGCUCCACUAUUAGUAUAUAAACAGUGUCUCUCACCGUGUGUUUUACUUGAGGGACCUUUAGCCUCUUUGAAUUCUCCCACUCGACUGCCAUUGCAUAGUUCUAACCCUCUCCAAUUUGGACAAUCAUAAACAUCAUAAACGAUUGGACUACAUAACCUGUAGACUCCUUUCUAACUCUAAAUAUGCAUAGAAUUGCACUGUUAACCAUGGCCAAAACAACAUUGGCUUUCUAUCACUCGUAUUACCACUUCUUCUUUUAUCGUGUGCUGAUAUUGCUACUUCUGGCCAUUUAUUCCCCAGCCCGACUAGUUUUAUGGUAAACUCUUUAGAUAGUGUGUUUUUCCCCUCUCCUGCACAGGAGCAGAUGAACCAGCCAUGCAGUAUAAUUAGUGUUCUGGCCCAUUCACUUGUGAGAUUAGCGUGAGAGCUGAACGAAGCUAUCAUAUUCCUGUAUACUGUAGAUGCAGGGAAAAAGAGAGCGAGCGAGCGAGAGUGUGUGUGCGCGCCUCCUGCGAAAAGCCGGAGAGAAGUUUGGGGUGGAAUCGUGCCACAUGUUUUUAGUUGUAGGAAGUUUCGGGGGUGGCUUAUAUUCACACACACACACACACACACACACACACACAGGUACCCCCUCACUUAGUCUGAAGCGACAGGGGUCAGAAUUCUACCAUCUCACUUUUCUGCGCGCGCAGGAAGACAAGCGGCGACGGAUGAAAGGUCACGCGACCCUUCCGCUAGGACUAACGCGGCCCUGCCCAUCCGCACUCAGUCAGCCAAUCAGGAGGUGAAUGGGCACGGUUGCGUCAACGGGUUCAGUGAAGCGAGAAGCCCUUAGCUUAAAGUCUACUAGGGUGGGAAAUGGCGGUGCCUUUUUAAUGGGCGGGGCGGGGCUAGUGACGUUAAUAACGGCCCGUUAAAGCUAAACGUUUCUAAAAUAUUCAGCCGCCCCUGCGGAGCCGUUUCUGUCAUUCGGCACAUCCUCGGCAACGGGCCCCAGAUACUAAACAAAUCCGUCUGGGCGCGCACGCGCCUUAGACGGCAGCAGACUCUGGGAGUCCCAUCGUGUGCGGCGAAAAGGGGAUGAGAGGAUAAAGGAUGAGAGGCGCGCGACAGCGACAGUUUGAGAACCGAACCUCCUCUGGGCUGCGCCUGCGCGUGAUCACGUAACGGUUCUUACGGCGGCGUCUACUGAGGGUGAGGGGCGGGGUGGGAUCCUCCAGGCGCACGCGCAGUGCCGGAUAGCGGUGGACUGGGGGCGUGGCCAGACGGUAAGGAAGGGGGAAUCAGCUGACUCUGCCGCGUCGGCUUGAGGGACGUUUCAUCGGCGGAAGGAGGGACGACCACCCCGGUUUGAGGGAGGUGCCAUGGCGACCACUGUUAGCACUCAGAGGGGCCCGGUGAGUACUGGCCGCUGCUGUGACUGACGACGCGUCCCCUGGGGCCCCGACCCGCUUCUUCCUCCGGGACCUUCUUCUCGAGGGUGUGGCGGGGGGCCGAGGAAGCGCCCCUUUUUGCCCCACGGAGGGUUAGGCCGACGGUUCCGUUUACCUGCGUGGGCCGAGAGGGCCCCUCAGCUCCCUCCAGGGCGGAGGGAUGGGGCGGACCAUGUGUCCGCUUCAUUUCCCUCCGCCCGGCCGCUCCUUGUGACACGCGCGAAAAUGGUCUUGCCCCGUCGUCAUGCCUCACUCUUUCCCUCCUCUUCUUCCGCCUGUCUUAACCACGCCGGGUAUGUGGGCGAGCGAGGGAAGGGAAUGUGAGAAACAGCCAGGCCGAACUAAGGAAAGCCCGUUUUAAAGGAAGAGGACGGUUUUCCGUCAUUCCUCACAUCGGUAUGUAAUUCUGUCCUUGGCAGUGUAAUGUGUAAGCUGCAAAUAGGAGCUUCUCUCGGCUGGGGGGCGCGUAUUUGCAAAAACGAGACUUGCACAAACUUUGGUACGUAUUUGAAAUCCAUGCUUUGCCCCCUCUUGGCCUAAAAGAGCUGAGCUUUUUAAACAGAGUGGCUUCGUGGAAGGCUCCAAAAGAAUCUGUUACGUUUGUGAAUGUAGGUCUGUAUUUGUGCAAAAGGACACGUGGAUUUUGCUGUAAGGCAGCUUUAUUUAUUCUGACAUACACGUCAGAAGUGGAUGAGCAUCCUGAAAGCUUGUGUUAUAAGGUCUGCAUACCGGUACUGGCUUUCCCCUUUGCAGAAGAUUUAACACAAACAUAUUAAGUACUACCAAUUGCAAAUUAUAGUCUUCCUCCUUAAAAAAAAAAAAGUAACCAGGAAGAAUGGUUUAACAUUCAAACGUUUUAAAUAAAUACAUAAUAAAUUAAGUUAAAAAAACAUUUUUGAAUAAGUUUUGGCCUGUAACCUAUAGGACAUUUCGUUACAUAGUGAAUACAUAGUAUGUGAAUUGGCCUUUGCCCAUGUACACAAUGAAGUACUUCUAUCUUUGCUUCCACAGGCAUUUGGGAAGUUGUGGCUUGACAAAAUACUUAAGAUGAUAGAGGCUAGUCAGCCAUCUUCUGUUUUCUAUCAGUCCUGUUUUCUUGUAGAUCUCUGAUUUGCUCCUUGAUUUUCUUUCUAAUUCUUAUCUGCGCCCGGGAGUUAGCACUAAAGGGGCUUGUAUUUGCAUGUUGGCUAAUUUGACAUUUUUGAAAUUACAGGAAAUUAUAUACAAAUGAAGUGCAAAUAAAAUCACAUAGUAGUGGUUAUACAGCAAUACAUACAUAUAUUUUUAGGGGUGUUUCUGAGAAUACAGCAUUUUAGUAUUUUUAUUUUUUCCAGUGAUAUCAGUAUUGUUAAUGUCUGGAGCCAAAAUAAUCUUUUAAUAAUCCCUCCCACUUUGCAAUUUUUCCUUGUAGAAGACCUGCUUGCCUUGCAUUUCCUCUCCAGUAUUCAAACCAUUGUAUUUAGUCUUCUUGGAUUACAUGAUUCUGUAUUUGAUACAAAAAAUUCUAAGACUCUUGUCUGGAUCAUAUUUUCAUGUCUUGACAGAUUUUUGGUGCAGAGGGAGACUUGAGACAGUGAUGCAUAAGCAUUCUGUUCUGCCAGGUGGCCGCAGUGCCAAAACAAGUACUGCCAGUUCCUCGUAUAUUUUAGAAGGCAGUUUCUAGAAGUGUAGUGUAACCACAUAGCCACUGAAGGAUGCUAAAGAGCUAAGUUUUUCUUCUCAUUACAAAGCUGUGAUGGUGUCUUCUGCCCUAGGGGAAAUCUGUAUUUAAAAGAUGAUGUAUUUCUGACAGUUCACAUAUAUGAAAUUCCAACACAUUAUUUGUACUACUCUGGCCACAGUUUUACAUUUUUCUUAUUGUUUUAAUAAAAAAUUUAUUAUUUUUUUUAAAUGCCAAAACUGAAAUCUUACCACUGUACUGUGUACAGACAACUGUAGAGGGUAAGAUUUGUCUGCAGGUCAUCUCCCUUGAUGAAUUAUUUCUUGGUGUCGACAGUAGUAGCCAUUCAAAUACAUUGUCAAGAACUGAGCUGUAAAUAUGAUGGGUUUAAACAAUUGUUGUUCACAAUAGUUGAACUUGAAGAGGCAAGAAGGUCAUAGACUCUGUCUAUAAGUCCGCCUGCCCCUGAUCAGCUCAUGUAGGCUUCUCCUUACAAACAGAUAACUGUAGAUAAUUUUGGCAGCAAAUAGCCCCAGAUGAAGGAUAGCCAAUCUGCAUUUUUAGGGGUUGCUUUGUUCUCUACACAUUAGUCUGAAGGCCAGAACUAUGUGACCCAUUACAGAUAGAAUUGGCAGAAAGGCCUUUGUAGAUACAUCCUUGUAGAGUAUUAGAUCUGUUAAUUUUUGGAAGGCUGAUGAAUGACUGCUUCCUCCAAGAUUACAUCAAAACGCAAGUUAGCAGUGACCCAUUGCUUUUCCAGAAUGUGCAUGAUAGUGCUGCAAUGUAAACUUUGUGGAAAGUAAUAUAUUGUAUUCAUGACAGUUUCUUCCUUUGUGCAUGCUUCCACUUAAGAGAAAACAAUCUCUUAACACAUUUCCACUAAAACUCAAUAUAGCAUUCCAGGGCACAAAUACAGUUGCUUCCACCACUAGUAUUACUGUCUACACCUGUUCUUGAUGACCCACCCUCAGUUAAAAAUUCUUUACCAUGGCCCAAAUCCUAUUGAAUUCAGUGAGAUUAAUAUAUUGAGUAUAUACUGUCAAAUGCACAAGCCAAAGCGUACAUUGCAGGGGGGAAAACAAUGACUCAAAUUACAAGCUGUGGCUAAGUUCAUAAUAGUUUUGGUUUACAAUCUCUCAGUAUUACUGCAUGGAUGUUAUCUUGUCUCUUUAAAAUGUCAUUAGUGUGAGAAGCACACAUUAAGAUGAUUGAGCGGGUGGUUGCUGAACAACUCCAAGCAUGCCUGGAGGAUGUGGACCAUUUGGAUCCCUUCCAGUCUGGAUUCAGGUCUCAUUAUGGGACUGAAACUGCCUUGGUCGUGCUGGUUAAUGAUCUCUGAUGGGUCCCCAGGCUAGGGACAGAGGUGAAAGCUGUUUCCUAGUUCUGCUGGAUCUCUCAGUGGCGUUUGAUACCAUCGGCCAUGACAUAAAAAUAAACUUUGCCCUGUUGUUUAAGCCUCCCUUCUCCCCUUCUGUGUCUGCAUCUCCCUUGUGUCUGUCUCACUUCUCACCUCUAUAUGCUGUAGUUCCACCCUUACUUAAGACAUUGUGAUAUCUCAAAAUCACAGUGUUUAUCUGGUGAUAUAUCAUGAUACUGAAAAGCAGAUAUUGCCCUGCCCUACUUUUUACACAGGUUAUUUUUUAAUUAUUGUUUUAAUAAAUAAUGAAAAUAGGCUGGCCAUCUUUUAAAAAUCUUGUUCUUGGCUAAGGCGGCAGUGUUUUGAGUUCUGUUUUGUUGUAUUUUUGUACCUCCCUUUCUUUACAUCAUAACUUUGUGUUUCAGUUUUUACCUUCUUUAUUGUGCGUCAUCCUGAGUAUGCUGUGGGAUGACCUGCAAAUGUAAUAAAAAUGCUAUUUUACAGAUUUUGAAUUGGUGCCAUUUCAGAAGGUGUAAAGUAUGAUACAUCUGAUCAUAGCAGUUCCUUUUAAAACCAGUAGUGCAGCUACAGUGACAGCAAAGGUUUACACUCAAUUAUCUGGGAGAAAUAAGCCAGAGUUUAGUGGGGGUGGCAUUCAAAUAAGUGUGAGGUUUCAGCUUUAUUGCUUGCAAAAUUACCACCGGAAAGUGAUGGACAACUGAAUAAUGCAUAAACGAAUGAGGCAUGCCUCAGUAUGAGUAAGUCUUGAGAUUUGCACUGACUUAACACUAACUGGAAGAUUCCAUUUUAUAUCCUUUCAAAGCAUCACUGGGGGAAUUUAAUAAAACCUUAUUGAACAUGUAAGUCUAUUCUUUCUUAACUGGAGGAAGGUAUUUGCAAUUCCUAAUAUACUAAAUCAACUCAGAAUUACCUUAAGAGCACAAUCCUAUGCAUGUCUACACAGAAAUAAGUCUUAGUGAAUUAAAUGGGACUUAGUCCCAAAAGUUGUAAAGGAUUGCAGACUAAAUCUCUAGUCCAGUGUUUUUCAACCAGUGUGCCAUGGCACUCUGGGGUGCCUUGAAUGAUGGUCAGGAGUGCUGCGAGCAACACUGGCCUCUGUCCUUCUUUACUUCUCUCUGAUGCCCUCUUGCAUCUCUGCCUCCCAAAGGCUUGCACAUCUGUUUGUUGCAGCAGCCCUGGCUACAAGCUCCAUUGAUUAAUGGUGCCUCGGGGGCUGGCCAGGAGGUGCUGGUUGCCAGGAGCUGAGGUGGCCUCGGAGUAAGCAGGCAAGGGAGCCCAGCCAGCUAGCCCACCAGCCCUUGCUUUUGGGAAUGAACAGACAAGUGGAAGGCAGGCAGGCACUGUGCUGGCCUUUUAUUUGUUUGCUGUGUGAAAGGCCUGCCUUGGAGCUGAGUGCCUGGUGCUGAAGGGGAGCCUUUCUGCCACGCAGGUCUGGCAGCACCCGUUGCUGCCUCCCAAGGUAAGGUGUUGCCUCCCGUUCAACUUUGGCUAGUCUCUGGUUGGGUUGGGGGCAGCUCAGAGACCAAUGGCUGCAGCUGCCCAGAGGACUCCUAAGGAGAGGGGGGAGGAGAGGAAGCUGAGGGAACACGCCACAAGGGAGGGUGUUUGAAAAAUGAUGAAAGGAUGACAGCUCUGCAGGCAAGGGGUGACAUAACUGGGCUCCCGAGCCCCACAAGGGUGCCGCAGAAAGAAUGUACUUGGUAAAGGGAGCUGUGAACUCAAAAAGGUUGAAAACCUCUGAUCUAGUCAAUUGGCUAACUUUCACUUGCAUUUGACCUUAAUCUUGUGCCACCUUCCAAUAUGGAUAUAUAGCAUUAAUUUAUUUUUGGACCAUCUACUCCACCCCACCUGAACUUCACAGGAUUUCAGUAGGCAAGGGGUGGGGAGACCUCCAGAAUUGUUUAGAAUAUUCAUAGCAAUAUAACUGCUAUGCAUUCUUCUUCAAGAUUAGAUUACCUGCUUCAUUUGGGUAUCUUCUGUUUACUUCUUGGUUGCCCAUCAAAUGGCCUAAUGAUAUUGCAGAAAAGCUUCUCCCACCUCCAUUUUUUCUCUUGACCAUUUGACAAAAGCAUGAGAUUCAUGGCCAAGGCCUCCCUGCGUAAAUAAUACAUAACAUUUGCAUAGUGCUCCUUGUGUUCAUAGCACUUCAUAUGCAUUAUCUAGUUAUAAUCCUUACAAUGGGUAAGUCACUGUAACCAUCCCUACCAUAGUGUAGGGUGGGAGAGGGACUUCUCCUGGGAUCAUAUGCAUUCCUUAGCCCAUCUACACUCUAGGUCAGGCAUAGGCAGACUUGGCCCUCCAGAUGUUUUUGGCCUACAACUCCCAUCAUCCCUAGCUAACAGGACCAGUGGUCAGGGAUGAUGGGAGUUGUUGUUCCAAAACAUCUGGAGGGUCAAGUUUGCCUAUGCCUGCUCUAGGUACUAGUCUAGACAGUUCAUAGCAGAGGUAAGGCUUUACUGAGUGGUCUGUAGGGAUGGAGUUCACAGUUAUGUGCCCUUUUGUAUAUUUUCUCAUGGUGUUGUUGCAUAAACUGUUAGUUCUGGUCCUCAACAUAAAAUGCAUCAGCUCAACCUGCACUUGCAUUUUGCAAAAAGGACAUACCGUAUUUUUCGCCCUAUAGGACACACUUUUUCCCCUCCAAAAAUGAAGGGGAAAUCUGGGUGCAUCCUAUGGGGCGAAUGCAGGCUUUCACUGAAGCUUGGAGAGCGAGAGGGGUCGGUGCGCACCGACCCCUCUCCCUCUCCAGGCUUCAGAAACACAUCCGCAGGCUAGGCAGCCCUCGCGCCGGGCAGAGCGCUCCUCACGCCGGGCAGACAUCCGCAGCGUGUUGGAGCCCUGUGGGAGUUCCCCGCAGGGCUCCCCACGCUGCGGAUAGCAGCCUGGCGCGAGGGGCGCCCUGAAGCAGAGCGCCCCGCCCGCCAGGCAGACAUCCGCAGCGUGUUGGAGCCCUGCGGGAGUUCCCUGCAGGGCUCCCCACGUUGCGGAUAGCAGCCUGCCGCCCGGCGUGAGGGGCGCCCUGAAGCAGAGCGCCCCGCGCGCCGGACAGACAUCGGCCAGCCCCACAAGCUCGGGGGACAGCAGGGAGGCACAGCGCCGCCAUCCUGCUGUUCCUCGACCUGGUUCAGUUUCCCCGACCUGGUUUUGGGGGGGAAAUAAAGGGGGAAAAUUUUUCCUUUAUUCCCCCACCCCCCCAAAAAACCUAGGUGCGUCCUAUGGGACGGAGCGUCCUAUGGGACAAAAAAUACGGUAAUUCACUUCAAGAACUCCUUCAAUUUUUUCUAUUUGUAUUUCCUACUGUUGAUCAUUGCCCACUAUAACGAAGUAUCCGUUGGCAUGCCCCUGGGGGUAUUGUAAUUUGUUUGUCUUGUAUCUUUGUUCUUAUUUAGGUGAAAUGCCAAUAGAGCAGCACUCCUGUCUCUUUCAGACCACACCAAAUUGGGAGGGAUAGCUAUUGCCACAGAAUAGGGAUUCACGAUUGCCAUAACAAAUUGGAGAACUGGGCCAAAACUAACAAAAUGAAUUUCAGUAGGGACAAAUGUAAGGCCCUACACUUUGGCAGAUUGCCUGUGGGGAGUCCCUUCCAAAUCUACAAUUUUAUGAUUCUAUUAUUUUACAGUUUUCACACUUAAAAUCAAGUGUACCUAUCUAGGCUUGUUUAUAGUACAGUAUAAGCUGUUCUGUUUUGGUAACAGGGAUGGGUUAUGAAUUUCUUGUUGAUACCCUUGUGGAUUGUGAAGUAUCUUCACUUACAUCCUUUAGCCUUGUAGUGAUUUAGUUUCUAGCAGUGAGCAAGAGAAUUACUUUGUUUACUUGCAGACUGUUACAUUAUUUGUUCUAACUCAACCACUGUAACUAUAACUUCAGCUUUCAUUUUGAAAGCGAUUUAAAAUGUAUCCUAUACUCAGAGAAAGUAGUGAAAUUUGUCCCCAAAUGCCAUAAAUUAAAUCGAACUUUGAAACCCCCAAUAAAUGUCAGACACUUUUGUAGCCUGGGGGCCUUUGCAAAAUCUGUUGCAUCUCUUCUGUAGCAUAGAUAAUGUCUUAAUGGACAAAAAGCAUAUCUUAAGAUAUCAAAAAGAUAAAGCAAAUUGCUGUACUGGAAACCUCACUGCCCUAAGCCUUAUUCUUUAUGUAACUAAUGCAUUUGAAGUAAAUCUAGAGAAUAUUCAUACAUUUCACAUACACACAGUUUGAACCUUAGGACCAGUUCACACAGGACAGUCAGUUUUGGAGUGUGUAGGAGUUCCUUCAGGCUAUGGUGGGCUUGCAGAGAGAGUGCUGUUUGCCUUAGCUGGUACCUUCUCAUAGCUGUACAUGCAGCCACCAGUGAUGGUGCUUUAGCAACUGCCACCUUCAAGGAAAUAACAAUGUCAAUACAAGGUAUUCAUUCAUUCAAAAGAUAUUCCUGUGCAAGUGUAGCAUUUCACUUCAUGUUAACUCUUAGUUUUUCUCAUUUUGUUUUAUUGUUGUGGUUAUUAUUUAUUCAAUUUGUAUACUGCCCUUCAUCUGAAGAUCCCAGGGCAGUUCACAACAGAAAAUCAAAAAAUGAGAAUACCAGAAACAUAUUAAAACAAAAACCAAACCAAGAACUCCCCUUCCCACAAACACAUAUAAAAAGCCAUGGAAUGUAGGCGUUCCAGACAAGGGGAAUAGACCACAGCAGCUCCCCCUCCUCGACCCUCAAGUCUGCCCUGAUGCUGCACUGAAGAUCCAGGUGGGCACAGCUGCAUGAGACCAACUCAACUCUGCUCACCCACGCAGGUCACAGUCAUACAGACCAGAUCAGCCUCCUCAUCCACAGUCAAAUCAUGUAUAAAUGAGAUCUUACUCAGUUGACCUGGCAUUCAGCAACAGCAGCUGCAGACCCGAGGACUGACUGAGAGGACAACUUCCCUGGUUAGAAGAGGGGACUGGCACAUGGCACAGUCACUAACUGCCACGUGUCUAUUACUUAGCCUGUCCUGUCUCCCACAACCCCUACCCUGAACGACUGUGAUUGCCCCCCACCCCAUUCUUCCCAACUAAUCUCUUCCCAGGCACAUCCCAUGUCUUUCAGUUAAAAGCAACAAAACCCCAAAUUUAAACCAAGUUAAAAAGUAAUUGAAAACCAUUUAAAACAACUUGAGUAAUAAUAAUAACAACAAGACCCACUAAGCAAUACCCAACCCAAGAGCCCAUUCAGAUGUCUCAGCUUUUGUACUGCAGUUAGUCUGGGCCGUGCCCUCCUAGGCUUUGCAGAAGAGGCCUGCAAGGCAGGGAGCAGGUCCCCCAAGACCCACAGCCAAUAUGGCCUUUGAAGGUAUAUUGCCUUCAAAGGCAGUUAAUCCGACAGCCAUUUUUCCUCUACUGUAAUGAUGCUUUUUCCCAUUGCUAGGCAAGGACAGUCUGCUUUGGAAAUGCAUUGUGUGGGAGUUCAGAAUUCUUUGAGAUCAGUUUGCUUAUCUGUAAUGGCACUAUACUAUUUCAUGUGGAUUUUAGCUUAUUUCAAAAAGUAUGUGGGGGUUGACAGUGCAAAACUACCCAUAAAAAGGCUUAUUUUAGAAGAAAUAAUAUGGUCAAAAGAUUUUUAAAAAUAUUGUACAGUAUGUUUAAAUAACUCGAGUAUGUUUGCUCUUCUCUGCAGCUGUGAGUGAACAAAUAGUUGAGCUUUGUGGUUCUCGUGAACUGGCUCUAAUUAGCAUACCAAGCAGAUUUUGAGAUGGAUAUACUCCUUUACGUGCCUUUCUAAACUGUUCUUAAAAUAAAUACUUGUUGUAGUUUGUGGCUUCAUUAACAAUCUAGGGUGGCAUGAGGGUCUGUAAAAUUACAUGUAUUACAGAUAACCCAGUUCAACAAACGUAAGAGAUGGAAAUACAUACAAGAUGUUUCUAGCUCUAACUAAUAGGUGAGGGAAAUGCCUUUCAUGUAAAUGACAGCACAAAUGCUAUUUUUACAACUCAAGUAACAUAGCUUUGGAAAAAAAAACAUAGUUCCCUCAUGCAUUUAAAGUAUGAGAUUGGAGACAUCCAACGUAGACUGCAGGUUUGGAGCCUUAGUACUAAUCUAUGAAUGUCUACUCAGAACCCAACAUUCACCAACUGGAGCCGGAUGCAGAUUUGUGGCAGGGUGGGGGACAUACACUUAGAACUGAGCUACAGAGUGUAUCGAAGCACAUUCUCAAUCAAGGAAGUUGUUUUUAGUAGCAGAACUGAGCCAUUACACAUAAAAAUCCAUUCUUCGUUUCUCCUCCUCCUCUCCCAAGAUUUCUUCACUUCAGCAAACAAAUUUAAGGGAGUUCCUUUUUUGUUGCAGUUGUUUAAAGUGAUGGGAGAUUAAGCUUUUAUACUUAUGCUGCUAGUCACCCACAGGUAAGGUAAUAGAGCCUCGUCUAUCUUCUGCCCACCUUGAUAUAAGGUGCUGCUUUCAGUUCUCUGCAAUUUUCAGAGAACUCUGGGGAAUCUCUCUGCUGCUGUCCGCCCUGCUGUGCCAGAGGGACAGGGACAGUUUUGCCUGGGGAGUAGAUUUAUGGAGGCUUAAUCUGAAAAGACUUGUAAAGUCUGCUUUUCUAGUUUUUAUCUCUGUGCGUUGCUAGACAGGUGCACUCUGUAUAAUUCCUGCUGCUUUUUGGUUGAAGUUACUGUUUGGUGUUUUGUUUUUUUAAGCAUGUAUGCAUGCUUCAGUUGGAGCUUAGAAAAAACUUGGCUUGAAAGCUCUUUAAAAACAAAGUUCAUUGCUCGUAUUUAGAACUUCAAAAAAAUAUGCUGCUGUGCUCUUGUGUUCAGCUAGUGGAGUGAGAAGGCACUCAGCUUUUUAGGAUAAUAAGUAAAUUGUAAUUUUAGAAAAUAGUAGAGGUAUGUGGCUCGGGGGAUGUAUUAGUAGUCUGUGUUACAGGCACAUUCAAUAAGUAUUAAUAGAAUUUAUAUUUCACAUAAUACUAGCAAUGCAGUUGGGGCACUCAAUCCAAUAAACAGAACCCUCUCAAAAUACAGAAUAGGAUGGUUUUGAGAUAAUAAGGAAAGAGUUGUAGUGUACAGAAGAGGACUUCUUUUGUGCAUCAUAGAUCUGGUUUUGAAUGUGUGCACAAACAUAAUCAGUAUGAAAAUAGUUUGGAUCAUAAUAUAAGUUAACUAAAGCAACUUUACAGAAAUAUAUUUUCCUACCUGUUCUUUCCUACCCCCAUCCCCAACCUGGGCAGCUAUCUGGGUAAUGGUGGCUGGGGCUGAAGAGGUGCUAUUCAGGAAGGAUGGUCCAAAUCAGAUAGAAGUCUGCCUGAUUUUGGACAAUUUCCCCCUCCUUCAGCAGCCUCCUUCAAUUAACUUAAUGUUAGGCUGUUUAGGAUCCAAGCUGUUGUUGUUGUCUUGAAUGAUCUUACUGUGUUCAAAUAUUAUGUUUGUUUAGUGUUAUGCAAAAACAAGUGAAAGUUUUAUAAAUAAAUAAAUAAAUAAAGGAUUCUCCUAAGUUGUAUCCUAUAUCAGUUGUCAAAUUCAGAAGAUUCAGUUUUGGCUAUAAUCAAAGAUAUUGUGGUGUUCAGAUUUUGUGCACUUUAACAGUAGCCUAUUAUUAUCAUUAAAAAUACGCUUAUAUACACUUCAUGUCACAAGUGACUUCAAAGCUAUUUACACUUUAAAAAACAUUAUAAAUCACAGAACAACAUUAAGGGAGCAGUAAAAGAAAGGAUCAAACCUUAAACCAGUUACAUAAUGUUGACAACACUCCACUUACUUUAUUUAUCCUAUAAUAUAAGUUAGUAUCACCCCAAGCUUGCAGGUAAGGGAGAGAGAUGGAGAGAUAGUGACUUGCCUAAAGGUAAUUGUAGAGGUAAAAUUUGAUCCAAAGGUUAACUCAUAGCUCAGGGAGCUAUGCAGUUGUGGUGUCCUGCUUCCAGAAUGGACUUCAGCUCACACAAACUUCUUCACCCUGCAGCCGUCAGCAACCCCCCAACCAACAUUUUGCUGGCACAAUAUUGGUUUCCACCCUUUGUCUCUUACCCAGUGUACUGUACCAACUCUAUAGCACUGUGUACUUUUGGGGCCUUUUGUUGAAUUCCUGCUUCUCAUUUUUGAUAGGGUUCCCCUCCACCCACCUUUUAAUAUGGAUUUUUACUUUUUCCAUUGUAUUUUUUAUAAUUGUAAAUUAAUUAUGUUAUACAUUGUCAAUAUUGAAGAAUCUUAACUUUGAUAGACUUUUGUGGUACAACUUCCAAACUGCAGUUUUUGACAAACAGCAUCUAGUCUAUGAAUCUUAUGUAGAAGCCAAUUUCUUAAGUUGGCUAGCUUGUUUUUGCUUAUUAGGAAAAUCUGUGUGUGUGUGUGUGUGUGUGUGUGUGUGUGUGUGUUAAAGACUAUUUGGACUGCUGGGUGGGGGUAACACCAUUGGUAUUACCAUUUUUUGAUGGAAUUACAAACUUGGUGGAUCAGAGAAAUGCUGUGGACAUAGUGUAUCUUGAUUUCAGUAAGGCUUUUGAAAAAGUCCCCCAUGAUAUUCUUGUGAGGAAGCUGGUAAAAUGUGGGUUGAACAAGGUAACUGUUAAGUGGAUUUAUAGCUGGUUGACUGACCAAACCCAAAAAGAACUCAUUAAUGGUUCCUCGUCAUCCUGGAAAAAAGUGAAAAGUGGGGUGCUGCAGUGUUCUGUCCUGGGUCUGUUGUUCAACUUGGAUGACUUGGAUGAAGGAAUUGAAGGGAUGCUCAUCAAAUUUGCUGAUGACACUAAACUGGGAAGGGUAGCUAAAGCAGCAGAAGACAGAAUCAGAAUUCAAAAUGACCUUAACAGAUUGGAGAACUGAGCGCAAGCUAACAAAAUGAAUUUCAGCAGGGACAGAUGUAACUUAGGACGGAAGAACCAGAUGCACUAAUAUAGGUUGGGGGACACCUGGCUUACUAGCAGUACAUGUGAAAAGGAUCUAGGGGUCUUGGUGGACCACAAGCUUAACAUGGGUCAACAGUGUGAUGCAGCAGCAAAAAAGGCUAAUGCUGUUCUGGGCUGCAUCAACAGAAGUAUAGUGUCUAGAUCAAGGGAAGUAAUAGUACCACUGUGUUCUGGCUUAGUCAGACCACACUUGGAAUACUGUGUCCAGUUCUGGGCACCACAAUUUAAGAAGGAUGUUGACAAGCUGGAACAUGUGCAGACGAGGGCAACCAAGAUGAUCAAGGGUCUGGAAACUAAACCUUAUGAGGAACACUUGAAGGAGCUGGGUAUGUUUAGCCUGAAAAAGAGGAGACUAAGAUGAGAUAUGAUAGCCAUGUUCAAAUAGCUUAAGGGCUGUCAUAUGAAGGGGGAUCAUGCUUGUUUUCUCCUUCUCAGGAAGGUAGGACUCGAACCAAUGGCUUCAAGUUGCAUGAAAGGAGAUUCUGACUAAACAUUCUGAAAAACUUUCUGACACUAAGAGCUGUUCAUGAGUGGAACAGACUCCCACAAAAGGUGGUGGACUCUCCUUCCUUGGAGGUUUUAAAACAGAGGUUGGAUGGCCAUCCGUCAUGGAUGCUUUAGCUGAGAUUCCUGCAUUGCAGGGGGCUGGACUAGAUGAACCUUGGUGUCCCUUCCAACUUUAAGAUUCUGUGAUAGUUGUGCCCUAUAAUUUGUUUUUCUGCCUUGUGUGUAAAACCAAUUGAGUGUGCGUUUCAUUCUGGUUCUCAAGCAUAAAUACAAGUUUCCUUGCUGCAUACUGAUUAAAUGUCUGUGCAGUAUCGUACAGAGGUUUUACAAGUUACUUCUGUCCUCUCUCUGAAACUGAACUGAGAGGUGAGUAACAUGAACAAAGGAUGAAAGUUUUUUUAAAGUAGACUUUUCUGCAGAGCAAAUGAUCAUAUAAAGCAAUUUGGACUUGUUAUUUAUAUAACUUAAGGUGAUAAUUUUGGUAUACUGUGUAACUAAGAUAAGACUGUCUUAUUUUACAAGUUUGUAACCAGAAUAGGUCUUUCCUUGCACAACUUUACAAUAUAUUUUUAAAAAUAAAUGUUCAUUUUAUUUUAAUUUGAUAGGCAUUUUUCUUCAUCUUUAUGCUUAACAUUAGUUUCUAGUCUGAAGCAUUUGCAUAUUGUAGGACAGUAUUCUUCAUUAGCUGAAUCAUCAGAAAACAAGAUGUUCUAGAUCCAGCUGUUUGGUAGGCAGUAAAGGGUGAUACGGAGUUAAUGCAGGACAAUUUGUCAGUGGUCUGUUUCCAAGAAUGAUUCAAAGUGGUGAUUUUAACUUUUAAAGCCCAAGGAGCUUGAGGCCUGGAUAGCUUAAGUACCAAUCCCCCCCCCCCCCAAGCCUCCCCAUGCAUUAAGAUCUGUCUUGGAGGCUCUUCUCUGGAUACUAUAGGUAAGAGAUGGUGACUGGAGAUAUGGCUAUUUCAGUAGUGCUGUCCUGACUUUUGAUUUUGUCCUUGGUGAAGGUUUAUUUAGCACAGGAAAAACUCCUUUCCUGGUUAUGAUGUUUGCAGUUCUUGCAUUAUGUUUUAUUUUAUUAUAGUGUUCUAAACUGAUUUUAUUGCUUGCAAAUUUUAACUGGUUUUGUAAAUGAGUUGCUCUGGGAAUUCUCUGGAUUAAAAAAUACAUAUGUUCAGAUAAACUUUAGUUUUUCAGACACUUUUCUUGGGACAAUGAAAGGCAUACUAGUAAUGGAUGAGGAAUUCAAUACUAUGCUGCUAGUGAUAUAGUUGGUCAUAUGUUAGCUGCCAGGGGGAAGUUGAGGAAAAUCACUUGCAAAAAUGUUUCCUUUUAAAGGCAAGAAUGCUUUUUCCAUUACAGAAUCCACAACAUAUUGAGUUGUCUUUGUAUGUUACUUGGGGUUUUUUCAUGCUCAGCUGUGAUAUUCUUGAGACUCUUGAAGGAUACUCUUUGUAGGACAGCAGUAUUCCUCCUCUUGAAACUUCUUCAAUGCAUUUCAGCUCCUACCAGCUGCAUUUAAUCUUGCAGCGGUCCGGAGGCAGAAGCAGGAGCUGCUGCUUCUGCUAAUUAAAUUUUAUGUUAACUCCUACACUUCAAAGAUGUUAUCUUGGAGAACAUGAGUAGCUCUCUGCCAUAUUAAAAAACUGUAGCCCAAGGUCUAUAUAUCCCUGGAAACGAUGCUAUUUAUGAAGACAUGUAUUUGAGUUGAGAAUUCUAGGGUAGAGUUGCCAUAUUUCAGAAAGUAAAAACCAGGGCACCGAAGGCUGUUGAGCUUGCCUGUUACAGUUGUCUUUUGUUAGAAUCCCUAACAUGUUACCUCAUUUAGUAUAGCAAAAGACUGGUACAGUGUUAAAGUAGGCUUUACCUAUGAUCUACAGUUUUAGAACUCUUUGCAUUGUGGAAUAUUAAAUAAGCACAGUUUUCUACCUUUCCUUUAUGUAAGAAUCUUGCUCAUGUGGCUACUUCAACCCUUGUUUCUAAAUUUACUCUGUAAUCAGAAUCUUGAAUUUCAUAAAUGUUGGUAUGUGGGCAUGUCAAUGAGCAGAAGUAUUGCAGACUAAAGUUUCAUAUGAAAAAGGGGGUUGAAAUUCUGGUGCACAUUUGUUUGCAUAAUUUUCACAUAAGUAAACAUAUACUGUAAUCCUUCACUGUAUUCCCCCCCCAAUAGUAAACACUGUCCCCAAAUUGCAGCCACUUACCAUUUACAGAUUCCUUUCUAUAAAUAAAUGAAAAUGGUUGGGGCAAAAAAACCCUACAGUACCAAGUAAAGCAACUGAAUAUUACAAAUGGGAGAACUGACCCAGAGAAGUAGGUAGCUACUUUUCUUUUGAAAUAUACCACAUGUAGCUUUAUUUUGGGGACAUUUUACUACCUCAAGAAGCAUUUGAAUUUGGCUUGGGGUAGAAAAAUACCCCCUAAAGUUUUCUUACAUUACUUUCUUAGUUUCUGUUUAUCAUGUUGGGGUAAAAAGAGCAAACUUAUUGAAACAAGCAGAUUAUAGUACUCUGCUCCUGUGGCAAAACACAAGUACCUUUUUUUGAGACCCAAGCUACAUUGUAGGCACAAUUUGUUAGAAAAUACUCCACAAAAUUUUGUAUCUGGGUUUUUUAUUGGAUGACUUAUAAAAAUUCAUCUCAUUUUUCUUUCUUCCAAUCCUAAAGAGGCAUAGCCAGUGCUUUUUCUCUGGGAGUACGCAGGGGUACGCAUACCCCUAAACAUUUUGUGAAUCUACGUUUGGCCUCAUUGAGGGGCAAUAUUUCAAUAUGAGUAGGAAAAUGAGAGUACCCUUAAACAUUUUUUUAGAAAAAAAGUACUGGGGAUAGCUAACAGUUACUAGCCACGGUUAGAUAAAUAGUAAAACCAACUAAACUUUAUCUUUAGCAGUUAAGGUUGCUAUACGUCCAGACUUUCAUGGACAUACCCGGAAUACUACAGUUGGAAGCAGUGUCCGGGUGGAAAUCAGCAACAUGUCCAGGAAAAUCCCGAUAUAUGGCAACCCAUGCCAGCAGAGUCAUUUUUGCCGAUUUCCUUUAAAAAUAGUUCAAAAAUAUCAAAUAUUUUUGUGAUCUUGCCCAAAAAGCUCAACCCUGCUUUAGCUCUUCAAAUUCUCAAAUCAGGUAUUUCCCUGUUUCAUUGAUGUCCUUUUUACCUGGGGCUUGGGAGUCCUAAUCAUAGUGGUGUCAAUUUUCACAAUAUUUAUUAUUAAGGAUUUCCAUUUCAGAUGUCUAAAAGAGUCAGUUUUGCAUUAGUUGUAUGUGUCUCAUAAUGCACCCAGUUCUUCUUGGCAGCUUAUGUUGAAGUGGGGUUACAAAGUAGAUAGGGGGAUACUAGCGAGUUGUGAGUGAAAUAUAUUUAAAAGGACCAAAUAGGAGAUUGCAGGGUGGAACAAAGAGGAUUAUAUUUUUGGUUUAUGUGUUUCUUGUACAGGUGUAUAUUGGUGAACUUCCUCAAGAUUUCCUUCGCAUCACCCCAACUCAGCAACAGCAACAGAUCCAAUUGGAUGCUCAAGCAGCUCAACAAUUACAGUACGGAGGAGCAAUGGGUACUGUUGGGAGACUGAGCAUCACUGUAGUGCAGGUAUUUUGAAAUGUACAUGUUAGAUGUGGCACAUGUUUACAUUUUGUAGAUUCCUGGGAUGUAGUGCUAAAUACAGUGUUGUCAUAGUUAUUAUGCACAGACGCUGACAGUAGCUUUAAAAAGAGUAUCACUCGUUCCUGGCUAAUAAGCAGUUUGCAUUGAUCUUGCAGGGUACAACUAACUGCAUACAGUUUUCACUUGCUAUUUAUGUUCAGAAUUGCAUGAUUUCAGUGCAUAUUAGUGUAAUCUUCCUAUGAAACCACUCAUCAUCUACUGUGAAGGCAGUAUAUAGGAACUGAGAGAACAUGUGCUCUCCAUCAGUAGGUUUUUCAUCAUCUAACUUUGGACAUUUAACAUUUUUGUGGUGGUUUUGAAGUGCUUAUUUAGAACAUGAAAAGUUUUAGUAGCUCUGUGGUGAUUUUGGAAUAACUGGUUAAAUGUAACUGGAAAAUAUUUAAAUGAAAAAACUUCAAAGAUUUUGGAGAUUCAUUAUCUAAGGUUAUGCUAUUUUUGUCUAUGUAUACCUUGAAAAUGAAUGCAGACUUUGUUCUCACAGCAAAUAAACCCUAUGAACAUGUAAAUCAGUUGCUAACAGAUUACAAAAAAGCCCUAAACUAAACUUGUACAAAUAAAUCAAUAUGGACAUCUUUUUAUUAUGGCUAGCAUUUCUACUUGGACAAAGUAGAUCUGUAGUGUUGUGGGCAGAGUGUAUUUAAAUGGAAUCAUUGCAGAUUUCAUUUGAAUUGAGGCAUUGUAACUCAUUGAGCAGAAUGCCUUAAUUUGAAUCUUUAUUCAAAUCUACUCUGUUUACAAAAUUUUACUUCUCAAUGGUUGAUAUCACCAUUAAUAUGCUGAUUGCAAGUAAAAAAUGUAGACACUUCAGUCUAGGAAGGUGCAUGGAAAGCUAAUAACAACAUUAUUAAUUUCCUUUGUCUACUUCCUUAGGCAAAAUUGGCAAAAAACUAUGGCAUGACACGCAUGGAUCCAUACUGCAGAAUACGACUUGGCUAUGCUGUCUAUGAAACUCCCACAGCUCACAAUGGAGCCAAGAAUCCCCGAUGGAACAAAGUUAUUCAGUGCACUGUUCCACCUGGAGUGGAUUCUUUCUAUCUGGAAAUAUUUGACGAGGUAAGAGCGUUUAAAAAAACCCUGAUUUGUAAAGAGGUUGGCUUAGGGGAGGAGGGAUGUUUGGGGGGCACAAUUAAUAUGAAGUUUCAGUUCAUACUAAUUGAGAACAUUCUCUCUGGGCCUCUACAGUCAUUUUUGUUUUUUGCCCUUUAUCCUAGGUAGUCUGUAUUGAGAACUGAGCCUAAAAAAAAUACAGAACCUUUGUAUGCUUCCUUAAGCAAAAUUGGCAAAACACUAUGAAAUCUGUAUCGUUGUGCUUAUGGAAGGGCUUUUGAUCUCUUCAGUGCCUCUGCCAAUCCUGGGGAAAGGAGGGCAGGCAAUUGCUUCCAAUUCCAAUUCCAAUUCCCCCAUGCAGCCUACUGUGCCUCCCAAAAUUAGCUCCAGAUAGCAACUCUAACAGAAAUUAUUUCCCUUUUGCUAUAAAUGCAAACACUUCAUAUUAUCAGUGCAAAAAUAUAAUGUUUUCUUAAACAUAAAAAUCAGUUCAUGCUUCCAUCUGGCAGUUACUUUUUUCUCCCAAACUAGGUAGCUCCUAGUUCUCAUGCUGGUAAAUCUCCAAGGCAAAGUUUCACUUGCAUGAAUUAGGUUUAUUUACUUUAGAGCAUGGGUGAGAAGCCUCUUGCCAAGUUAGGCUUGUCUCGCCUUCCAGUGUAGCCCCACAAGGCUGUUCUCCCUUGGCCACACCACACCCACAUGUCACUCACCUGACAUCGUUGACUUUGAGUGGGACAGAAAACUGGAGCUGCAAAGAAACAACCAGGAGCCAUAGAGUGUUUUCCUGAUUACAGUGGUACCUCUGGUUGCGAACGGGAUCUGUUCCGGAGCCCCGUUCGCAACCUGAAAGGAACGCAACCCAUGUCUGCGCACGCACGGGUUGCGAUUCACUGCUUCUGCAGAUGCGUGUGACGUCAUUUUGCGUGCCUGUGCAUGCAUGAGCGACGAAACCUGGAAGUAACCCUUUUCAGUACUUCCGGGCCGCCGCAGGACACAACCUGAAAACACGCAACCUGAAGCAAAUGUAACAUGAGGUAUGACUGUAUUCCUCUGUAGCUCUGCCCAUCUGUCAAAUGUGGUCUACAGGGGGUUGGCCAUAAUUUGAUCUGACCUUGCUGAGAGUGGUUCCCCACUCUUGCUUUAGAGGCUUUAAGUAGCCUAACCGUGUGCAUGAUUGUAAUGUUUGUAAAACAAAAUCUUGAGGUUGCAGCCAGUGGUUGAAAAAGCCGAUGGCAAUUCACACAUCCGAUAUUUUCCCUUAUCCUUCUUCUCCCUGUACCUCCCCAAAAGCCACUCUUGAAAGUUGACAGAACUACUAAACAUUUGUGAACGGUGUUGCACAAAGCUAUAGUAGGAGGGGGAAGGGAAGUAGUUGCUUUUUGCUUUGUAAUCAUUGGAUACAACCCUUGGAAUUCCACAUCAUUUUAAAAUCUCCUUAUUCAGUUCCUGUUUGUCUGUUUAACUUAUAAUGACAAUAGAAAAAGUUUGGCACUGGUAAGAGUCUUUGGGCCAAAUUCAGCUAACUAAUCCUGUCAGCGGAAAACCACACAAGGAUUUCUGCUGGUGGAACAGGGCUUUCUCCCUGCUUCCCUGCCCCAAAUUGACUUGGGAGACUCUCUAGAACACCACACUGGUGGAGAGAGGGCAGAUCGUUUCAUCAAACAAGCAGAAAUGCUUGUGCUGAUGGACCUAGGCCUAUCUGCUCAGCAAUAACUUGAAUUGAUCCCUUUAAUUUUAUAUUAAAUCCACCAGGUUUGAAGAAAUGUUACUUUCCAGUUCUUGUGUUUAUUUUUCUGUCAAUCUUAGUGCUCCAAGUUAUCCAUGAACCAUGGUGUUUCUCCUUAUGAGUGGAUUAGGAAGGACAAUUAGCCUACUUUUGAAGAACAGAUGAGAACUUGAUUCCAUUGAAAGGACAAUUAUUUUAACUUUAACGUGAAAUUUACGUUACGUUUCUGUCCCUUUAAAUUCCUCCCCUCAUAAUUACCUAAAUAUGUAUUUUUCAGCGAGCAUUUUCAAUGGAUGAUCGCAUUGCUUGGACGCACGUUACUAUUCCUGAAUCACUGAAACAAGGAAAGGUAGAAGAUGAAUGGUAUAGCCUGAGUGGAAGGCAAGGAGAUGACAAAGAAGGAAUGAUUAAUCUGGUCAUGUCUUAUACGGUAAGUUAAUUGACAAUAGUUGCUUUAGUGCAGGAGGCAAUGAGUUUGCUGAUGAAAUGGGGCAGAAAGAGGCUUUGUUGGAACCCGAGGCACUGAACUUCUGGAAGUUUCUAUAUUGAACUACUCAGUCUGUUUGAUACAUGAAGAGAAUAGAGAAGUGAGUAGAUAACAUGUAAAGGUGUAUCAGAAUUAACAGAACUGCGUAUUGAAAGCCAAGAUUAAUAGAAUUGAAUUCAUAAAACAUGGUCCAUAGGGUGUCCUGACUUUUCCUAGAGAUACCUUUUCAGCAACUCCUUCCACAAAAUCUCCAAAUUACCUGGAAUUUUUUAAUCAUACUAAUUUUUUGAAAUCAUUUUUGGAAAUUUUGUAACUUACAUUUGAAAUGUAGAGCAAGUGCAUCAUGUAACAUAUUGUAUUAAAGCCCAUGUAGUUCUGAAGAGAUUGGUGUUUUUAGUUUUGAUGUAUCUCAAACCUGGGCUGAGCCUUUAAGGUUUUUGUGUAGUCCAGCAAAACCAAAAUAAUUGCAAUUUUUUGGAAAUUUUGCAAUUUUUUGGAAACCCUAAUCCUCAUAAUGUGAAAAUGGGAUGAGAUAAAAAAAAUUGAGAUUUAAACUUAGUUUUGAUCAUUCAGCAAGUGUACAAAAUAUUAAGAAAAUUGGAUGAUAUGAGGUAAAAAAGUUGGAUCACUUGAUAUAGAAUGACCCAUUGUGUCCAACUAAAAAUACUGUGUGUGUUAUGGAUAAACCUUUGGGAAUAUGAAUAUAUAAGGUAAUUUUUUUUAUGAGAGAGAACAAUUAUUAAUGAUGAAGGGCACUGAAGAGAAUUUUGCUGAUGGUCUUCAUGUUUUGUUUCUAAACUGGGGAAUGAAAUUUUUCUACAUGAAAAUUUGUAAAUUAAGCUUAUUCCAGUCUCUCACAUUGUGAGAAGUAACAGUAUACAAAAAGCAGGGUUUUAUCCAGAAGUGGGUUGUCUAUACAAUUAAUUGUUCACGUACUUGCAUAAUGUAGCACAAUGUCUUCUGUUAUCUCUUGCACACCAAUUCACAAAGCAGCAGCACUAGUAGAAUUUCUUCUUUCACAUUUCUGGAUCUGGGCCACAGAAAUUAUUCUGAAGCUCAGUAUUCUACCUCUGAAGCUCAGUAUUGUACUCUGAGUGAAACAGUGCCUAAACUGCCUGCAAUUUAUCAUAAAAGCAUAACUUGAUUUGAGCGGAUGGAACUCUCUAUUUAUAGGUUAUUAUAGUUUCUUUGAAAUAUCUUUUAAUUCAAUGGAACUCAUUUAAUUUUCCUGGGAUGUGUUAGCACUUACUGACUUGUGCCAAAAAGUUGCUUCCUAACCUUUGUAUGGCAGGACUUAAAUGGUUUUUGUGCAUUUUCUUGCUGUUUUGUUUUGUUCCUAGAAUAAUUUUCAAAUACUUACUUGUUUUGUUAUCUUUUGAUAUCCAGUCCUUACCAGCUGCCAUGAUGAUGCAGCCUCAGCCAGUGGUCCUGAUGCCCACAGUGUAUCAGCAAGGAGUUGGAUAUGUGCCUAUAGCAGGUAUGUUACUCCUUUUUCUUUUUAAUUUGAGCUUUGAAAAACAAGUCUCUUGGAAAUUGCUAAUUUAAGACCAGAGGCAGAGACAAGCUCUGUUCUUUGAAGUACCCAGCAUUUAAAAUCAAAUAUUCAGUAUGAAACUAUAAUUUGGAGACUAAUAAGGCACUUGCAUGCUCAAGCUGUUUACAGAUUUUCACAGAACUGAAGUAUUUAUACAGCUGUCAGUGUGGCUACAUUUUGAACAAGCCUUAGCGAGCCUUGGGUUUACAACCCACCCACCCCAGGCAAUGACUGAGAAGAGAUUGAAAAAAACACACACUUCAAAUUCUCUUUUUAAAUGAACCACAGUUUAGUGUGUUGUCCAGACCCAAUCUGUGGUUAAUCUUAGUUAUGGUUAGUGGUAACAAGCCAGCUUCAUUAACUGGGGUUUGAAAUUGACUUGUUUCCACUAACCGUGGCUAAAAUUAGCAACAGUUGUUUGGCAUCAGAGAACACAGGAAUCUACAUUUAAUCUAAAGUACCAUAUAUACUUGAGUAUAAGCCAACCCGAAUAUAAGCCGAGGCACCUAUUUUUACCACAACAAACUGGGAAAACUUAUUGACUCGAGUAUAAGCCGGUUCACCACACCACAAACCUGGUGGUGUCAGCAGCAGUGGAGGAAGAACAAGCAGCCCGAAAGGGCUGAUUUCGGGCUGCUCGUUCAUCCUCCACCGCUGCCAACAGCAGCAAAGGCAGAGGAGGAGAAAGGAGCAGCCCGAAAGGACCCUCACUUGAGUAUAAGCCAAGGGGGGCUUUUUCAGCAUAAAAAAUGUGCUGAAAAAGUCGGCUUAUACUCAUGUAUAUAUGGUUCUUGCUGUAACCACCAUCAGCUAGUUGAUCAGCGGUUACAGGUAACGCCUCUGAAGUCUGUUUAAGGGAAGUUGUUUGGAUGCAUACUGCAUCCUCCAGAUGAAUAAUCUGCAGAGAUAAAAAUGUUCUAUCUGGAGGAAAUACUUUGAAUUCAGUCUGCUUCCUCUAAGCAGAGAAAAAGAGCCCCCUCACUCCCUAGUGCAACCAAUCCCAGCAGGGCUCCCUGUUGACUCAGAUUAGGUGAUCAGCACUGACAAGGAGCCCUGCUUGCAGAGGAACAAUUGGGAGUUCUUGAUUGGUCCUUUGCUGCCAUGGCUGUACCUGCCCACACCUAGUGUGGUUUGUGGGGGGUGGCAUUGCUGUCCAAGUUGGACCCAUCCUGGCCUAUGUAGGCCCAGCAGCCAGAGGUUCCCCCCACCUCUGGUCUACCAUAGUAUCUGAAUUGGCCCAGUAUGUGGUACACACUAUUUUUGGCCAGACUACUUAUACAGGUUUAUGUAGUGCUUCAAACAGUAUCAAGUAAAAGCCAAAAUAAUCUGUUUUCAGUGCCAUAAGUAUUGCUGUGAUAGAAGCAUGUGUAAUUUUUAAUGUGAAUGUCACAGGCCUCCUGUUGGCUUGUAUUCAUGAAAAGUUUCACAUCCUCCCCCUCUCCUUUGACUGGAACAAGUUUAGAAAUGUUUAAAACAUUUAUUUCCUCUUUAUGUGAAAUAAUGGAUGUUUAUUUGCAUUGCUCCAUAUCUGCACAUGUACAUGAUUGGUGAUCAACAGUGAAAACAACUCCAGGAGUAAAAUGGAUUAAACCGGCAGCUUGCCUUCUGGUCUAUUGAUUUUCCUAGUAUUUAAAAUUAUGUGGAAGUAGUGGGCUGUGUUUAGGGUACAGAAAACUGUGUGAACGCAAGCUCUCCCAUCCCUCGUGUACCAGAGUUCUUGCCAUGCCAUUUAGACUUGUACCUCCAUAGUGAGGAGUUUUCUCCUAUUGAUCUUCAAAAAUUAUUUCUCCCUGCAAAUCUCUCCUUAUCUUGCAUUCCCUGUUUUCUGGUACUACUGUACAUAAGAAUAUUUAGCCUUCUAUAAAAACAAAUUUUCAACUCAGUAUCCAUUAUGGAGUUGGGAUGGCAAGAUGUCAGCUUCUUCAAAGGCUGAAGCUUUAUGACAUGUAUCACCAAUAUGAUGAUGUUCGACAAAAAUUUGUGAUUAAGGAUCAAACUGAAGUGCGUAUUUCAUAAUUUUUUACUAAAACGUUUUUGUUGGGCAUGAUUUGUAUAUUCAUGCAUUUCCCAAACUUCUGAUAGUUGAGACUUUAUAGCCUCUCUGUCUACCUUCUUUCUGCCCCCUUUCUACUUUUUUUAAGUAUCAAGUGAAUGCACACAAGAUAAAUGCAUGUGAGUUGCAAGCUUACUGUACACGGUAAUAAUAGUGAUCAAUUUAAAUCAGUCAUGCUAUCUUUCUAGCUAUGCUAGCAUAGCACCUGUACUAUGAAAGAAUUCCAAAUUUGCUGAUCACUUUUAGUUUAUCAGGGCUAUUGUCACAAUUGAAGCUUAUGUGACAGUACAUAUGUUAGUCUCUAAGGCAGGCAUCCCCAAACUCAGCCCUCCAGCUGUUUUGGGACUACAACUCCCAUCAUCCCUGACCACUGGUCCUGUUAGCUAGGGAUGAUGGGAGUUGUAGUCCCAAAACAGCUGGAGAGCCAAGUUUGGAUGCCUGCUCUAAGGUGCUAGACAGUCUCUAAGACUGUCAGUUUGAUGCUAUGCUAUGCUGUAAUCUACCUGUGUAUUUGCAUGGUUAUCUGUCUAUAUAUUAUGAUGGAAUAAAACACUUUGAAUAUUUCAUACCAUGGCAUUCAACUUUUUGUUGGUUCAUUUAGCAAAAUGCCUUUUAAAUUCACUUAAACAAGAGAAGGAAAUGGCCCAUGGGCUGUGUUGGGCCCUUGCUCCUUUAUCCCACUAAGCAAUUUGGGGGCAGGGGCGGGAAGACUGAACAACCCUAGCUGAAGAAGUCAAGUCAUCUCUGGCUUCAUUACUAAUCAAAUACAUCAUAUUGCUUUUAACUGGUGGAUAUCCUUCAUUCAUAGUUUCACUUUUCACUUAAAAAUAUGGGGUGGCACCCAAUGCUGGUCAUACACAAACUUGACCCAUUGAAAUCAUUAGCCUUAGAUGACUUGUCCAUGUAUUUCAGUGGAGUUACUCUCGAGUAUGACUAACAUUGGAUAUCGUCUCUGGUCAUUAAAAUGAUUAGUCCAUUGUGGAGCAAUUAAUUAGGAAAAUCUUUUUAUUGAUCUCUAGAAGGAAAUGCCCUUUUCAUUGUACUUGUUCUUAAAUGAAGGCCUUAGCUCUAGCAACUAAUAUAUAUUUUGUUUAAAAAGUUUUUAAAUACUGAACAAUUGGCUUCAAGCCUUUAAAUAUCUAAGGCAUAUUCUACCCAGUCUUUAGAACCCCUUCAAUAAUAAAUCUUACUUUCAAAAACAAACUGGUCAUUUGAAUUUGACUGCUGUAAACCUAAAUUAUUCAAUCUGCCAGAUGGGAUAGAGAAUGUCUCCCUCUUACUUCUACUUAGCAACUUGCAGUAUUGUAAAAACAAGGGCAUAACUUUGUAGUAUUACAAAACUCAGUUACCCUAUAUUUUGAUGAACUGAAGAGCAGGGUAUGUACAUUGUCUUGCAUAUGUGCAUGGAGUGUUUCUGCAGUGAAUGAAAAAAUAUUACAUUGCCAGUAGCAUGUAUUUUAUCAUGUUUACAAAGCUUCAGUAGUGUGCUUCUUCAAACCUCAGUUAUGAAUGAGAUCCAGAUGUCCUGUUAAUAGCUCUGCAAUCUUUAUUCAGCUUAUGCAUUGGUGAUAUUCCUCCUCUGGGUGUCUUGUUACAGCGAAUAAUUUAGUCUGUAUCAGAAUCAUGAAGUCCAUAUUUGAGAAGAAUGGUUCAUUGCUGUCUAGUUCUUAGUAUGAUGUACAACUUCAUUCAACCUUUGCGUGGUCUGUUGUAAGGACUGAGAAGUGUAAAAAUUUCUGGCACUUUCACAGAAUUUAGCCUUUUAGCCUAGGCCAUGGGUAGCCAGUGUGAUGCCUUCCAUAUAUAACACCAUAGACAGCAACACGUAUCAGCCCCAGCCAUUAUGACAAGUUGUCACUUAAACCAUAUUGCAAGAUUGGAUGGUACUCUGCUUGAUUGCUGGGAAGACCUGAUAGAUAAAGCAUGCAGAGUGGUUAAGGUUUGGCUUAGGUUCUAAAAUAAGGAAGAAAGAGAUACCACUUGGUGAGUGAGAAGUCUUAAAUUGAUUUGAAAGAGUCUUGAUGCUGACUGAUCUGUGUGACUGCAGACUUAGAGACUGGACCCAAAGAUCAGAUUCUAUAGAGAGCCAAAGGCUUUUGCUGAUGAGGGACAUUUCACUCAUAGCUGUGAACUGCAAAUGUGUGGCUUUGCAGUUGCCAUCAAUUAACAGGGUGUUUGUGAUCUAGGAACAGGAUAAGAUUCUAUCAUGCUGAGGAAACAGAUACUUAGCAGGGGGGAUAUAGGCACAAAGGGGUUAGGAUUAGUUGUACCUUGGCAGGAAAAGUAAACAGAGAUGGACUGAAAAGGGGCUGUGCAAAACAGCCUGUGAUGCCAUUAAAUAUUUGUAAAGAAGUGAAGAGAUACCCUGUUGUCCACCCUCUCUGUUGUGUAUGUGUGUGUGUAUAUAUAUAAAAAAAAGUGUGUGUGAUGGAUGAAGUACAGAAUGUCAUCUAUUCAGUCCCAUUGACUCAUCAUUUUCAAAGGUUUCAGCAAUUAAUUAGAAAAAAUGCAUCUUCUAAAAUUCUGUAGUACAUAUGCAGUAAAAAGGUUGGACACCAGGUGUCAUCAUGAUCUUCCAGCUGUAGACAGCAAUACCUAAAUUGUAAUAUGUAUUUAGUUAUGUUAUUUGUAGAAGUUAGGUUUUCCACAUUCGUAGGAGGAAGUCUAAGAAGUCUUUAUUCUUGGAUAGUAGAAAUGGUUUUCUUCUAACAAUUUUUAUAAACUGGAAUUAUUUUUUGGAUCUCUACCCACCCAUCAAAGUAAUCAACUUGAAUUAUGAAACUUAUUCUUCAUGUUUGGCAUUAUUGGAAUCUUACUUCCCCCAUUCCUUUUACCACGUGAAAUAUAAGGGUGGCUAGAUAUAAAGAAGUGGGCUUAUGUGUGGCAGGAACUAGGACGACAGGAACUCUGAUGAUAUGGGCAAGAAGAGAAAUAGACAAUUUGGGACAGUAUGGUGUCCAUAAAAUGGAAAUAGUGGACAUUACUUAAUCAUUUCAUAGGAUGUAAUGACAUUGGGUAAGUGUAGAUCACUAGAUGUGUUAGUGAAAAUAUUCAUAGGAUUGCAUGUUGCUAUUUGAAACAGCAGGCAAAAUCCUGGCAUCUAAAAUCUGUAGUGUGUCCGAAUUCAAUCUCCUUGGAGGAAAUUUCCUAGCAUUAAGUAGAAUAAUGCCUGUUUUCCAUGUUUUAUUCCUUUCCCACACUUUCACCUGUCCUCAGGGCUUGAAUACUUGGCUCUGGGUAAGUCUUCUUAAUUCUUUUUGCAUCCCAUUCAACAGGAACAAGAAUUAUGCAUGAGAUCAUGCAAACUGCUUUUUAUUUGUAUGCAAUAUGUUGCAAUACAAGAAAUUGCAGGUGGAUGUCACAAUACACCAAUUUCAGAAUUAUUUAUUUUAUCCUUUGUGAUUUCAGUGGGAAACAAAAAUGUGUUAGAAAAAUGGAAGGUAGUUCUUCAUAUAAUAACAAAUUUUGUUAUUACAAAUAUUAGGUUUAUUUAUCUUAAAGUUGGCAGAAGUUUCUCUCCAAACUUUCCACUAGUGUUCUUGAUGACAUUAAUAUAUAUAUUAGCAUUAAGUUUUGUGUCGUCACUUUUUCCAUACUCAUUUAUCACUCCAUCCCCUGACAGACCUACCCCUGGAAAUUUGUAUGACUUCACUUAUUUUUAAUAAAAGAAAUUGCUUGCAUUUGCAAUAAGGCUCCAAAGUUUAAAAGUUAUUUAUCACUUGUCUUGUGAAUUUGAAGGAGUCUGAACUUGUGCACUUUUGAGUAGGAAAGGGAUGAACCUAGCAGAAUUGUUUCUACCUUAGGGAAGAGAUAGCUGCUGUCAGAGGACACACAGUACAAAUAAUCCAUGAAAUAAAUUAAAUUAGCUUUUCCAUGCUUGUAGUCACUCUUUGAAAGGAGGGCUAGUGCCUGAAAGUUCAUUUUCCUACUCUGGGCUGGAGAAAGGACUUUGUGAACUAAGAGGUGGUACCUCUAGCAUGUCUAGUCCCUUUUGAACAUGAUAACAAAAGAAAGGCGUGUCAAACAGUACCUGGUCUUCCACUAGUCUGUACCAUUUUUAUAUGUUUCAGUACACGUUCUAUGUUCAGGACCUGCCCUAUGCUGUUUUCAAAGAUGACUUCUGUUUCGGUUGCAGGAAAGGCUUUUCCUGAGCAGGCAUGGCAUUGGCACAGAGUUGUCAAAGUAAACAUGAAUUUCUUACAUUGCUCCUAUGCUAAAUCUGGGCCUAGUUCAAGUGAGAGCAUGGCCAAUUUAAUGCCCAAGCUUAACUGUUUCCAUUUGCAACCAUUUUACCUUGGUUCUGGAUUUCUGUGCUGAGGAGGAUGGUGGUUGCGCUGCAACACCAAACAAUCUUAAAAUUAAAAGUUGUAAAGCUGUGGAAGGGCAAAAAUCAUAUCCCAUUGGGUUCUCCAGCAAACCAUCUUGCCAUUAAUUUGCUUGCCUAUCAGAUUUUAAAUCAUCUGCUUUCAUCUUUGCUUUUGAUCAAUAUCUCCACAGAUAAGCUCAGUUUUGAAGUGUUAUUGACCUGGCUUUUCCAAGACAGAUUGCAUUCAUAAAACUGCUACUGGUUACUUAAUGCCCAUUUGACUGUGAUCUGGAACGUACGCACUCUGUCAACUAUCAACUUGGGGGCAGGGACGGAACCUGCUAAUUUGCUUCUUUAAAAAUAACUACUUUAAAGUCAAUUUCAUCAGGGCUACCCAACACUGACUGUAAUAUGGGACUUGUCAAUUGCCUCUGAGGAGAUCCUAAGCUCCAGUAACUAUCUGGCUUAUUGCUGCAGGGGUGAUUUGCAAGUCCUCUUUGUCAUGUUACCGUAAAAAUGGGGGGAAAGGAGUGAAAGCUACUUAGGCUGCAUUCCCCCUUUCUCCUUUGUAAAAUGUUGGUUGUGGCCUAUAGUGCAACACAGUAUGACUUGAAAUCAGAAGGAGUAUUGUGACAUCCUCACUGUUAACUGCAGUAUAAAAAUGUCCAGUCAAGUGUCUCUUUUCUCAUUUAGUAAAAUGUUCAAUGUCCAGAAUUUGGGAGCAGGCACAGGGUGGAGUUGGGGGAUAUAAUGCAACUGUUAGCAUUUUUAUCUGUCCCGGAAUUAUCUCUGACCUCCAUCAUAGGUAUUGACAGAAGAAAGUCUCUAAAAGAUAAAGUAUGGAGCAGCAUUUUAAGUAAGAUACAGAGAUGCUCAUGAAAGUUAGAUUCCACCCCUCCUGUUUGUGACAUUUGAAUGUGUUCCACUGAUAAACAUUGAUAGCUUUGACUUUUCCUUAGGAAAUUUUGAGGGGGUUAGGGUACUGGGAUAUGAAGGCACUUGACUGUACUAGAAUUUUGUUUUCAAUUCUGCAGUAUUUUCUGCACAACUUGAAUACAUUUAUUUUCAAGACAGUUUUCAUUGCUUGUUUGUAAAUAGCCAGUGUGCAUUAUCAAACACAUUGCCAUUUUUGCAUUUAUGUUUUAUUAAAUGCCAGUGCUUAUGCCUGAAUGCUUCUUGCUGCAGCCAUGCUGGUGCAUUGAGACCAAACCUGUUUCAUAAAAUUUGAAAUACAUCCUUUAUAAGUAGGAAAUAACAUCCCAUGAACAACUCUGUGUACAUUGAAGUACGUAUUAUUCAGUACUAGUGUUGAUCAGUUAGGUUAUUUCAUAAAUAAUUGAAGUGUCUGUCUUGUGAUAAGAAAAUAAUUUUAAUGUUACUUUUACUUUAAUUGGCAACAUUGAUUGUCAGAUUAUUAGGAGCUUUGUUUCUUGCGCAGAAUGAAAAUCACAACAAAUUCAGGUAUACUACUAUUAUUAGCCUAAUCAAAUGUCUUAAAUAAUAGAAGAAAGCUUUUAGACUCACACAAGUGUACUCUUAAGAACUGAGUUGUGCCAGACAAGAGUAUACAACUAUCUAGAGCUGGGUUGGGAAACUGGAGCCAGCUGGCAGCCAAAGCUCCUUAUUUCCCCUACCCAUCAUGGGCAAAGUAUGAGAGGCAAGCUUACCCACUUGUCAAUCACUUAAUGUCAGGUGAUACAUUUUUGCAUAAUGCUGUUGACACACCCCUUUGAGGAACUGCUGAUUGUUGGUACUUGCAUAACUGUGCACAGAAGUGGGGAGGAUCAAUGGGUCAUUGUGCCUUGCAUAAUGAUGUAUACAGAAGCUCUGGCGAUCCCCUAAUGGUUAGCACUUGCAAAAAACCAUUUUUGCCUAACUGUGUCUACCUGACCCACACUUGAUGUCAUAUAUGUGGCCUAGGCCUGCCAGCCACGGAUUCCUCACUGUUGAUCUACAGGCUUGUGCAACUUUGGAUGAGGUCACAGAAUAAUCUGAAGAAUUCAUCAUGGACUUUUGGCAGUCUGGAUUGCAGCUAAUUUGAAUAUUAUAUUAUACAUUUUCUGCAACUUCAACAGCUUCUCCCAAAUAGUUUUCGCAAUGACCUCUUCUCACAGUCCUGAUAGUUAUAUUGCAUUUUGUCAACAAUGGAGUUAUCACCUAGUCUAUAUAGUGACUAAAAACAAAUCAAUUAAUUUAUACAUUUGAUUUCCAAUCAAAAACAUUUGUUCUGAUUUUUGCUUUUACUGGCUGUAACGUCAAGAUGGUAGGAACACCUCUUGCUAACUAUCAGCUAGUGGAAUCAUUAACAUCUUGUGUCUUCAAUAUCAUUAUUACCUCUCCAAUAGUGCAAAUUGUGGCUGAUACUGAUGCAUUUAUCUGUGGUUCAAGGUUACCUUUUAAUAGCAAAAUCCUGUUCACUAUCUAAACUUAAGGUUAGGGGCAGGAAUUGUAUUAAUAGGAUCCAGCGUGAAAUAUUUAGGAGCCAGUAUUUUCUGAUUAAGCACAAGGACUGCAUGGGACUAACCAGGCUUUUCAGAUUUUUGGCAUUAGGAGCCAAUUUUUAGGUGCUUGGCAACUUCUAAUCUUGUAAAUAGCUAAUUUUCCAAAAUAGCAAAUGGGCUCUUUAAUUAAAAUAGUUCAUACUUGUGUUUGUUUGUCGGUGCUUUUACAUCUAGAACAUAAUACCAUUACUAAACAGGAAGGUUUUACCCACUAAACACUUUGAACUUGUGGAAAGUUAGGCCUAAGGGUUGUAUUAACCUAGGGAUGGGGAAUGUUUGGUCCUCCUGAUGCUGUUGAACUGUAAUUUCCAUCAUCUCUGGUCAAUGAUGCGGCUGACUGGGACUUGAACAGCAUCUGAAAUGCCACGGGUUCCCUAUCUCUGUCUUAACUGUGCUGUAACUCCAUGAGUUUGAUGCUGUUUGAAAGCUAUUUCAUCAUUUUAAAAAAAUACUUGCCAGUCUUCCUCAACUGUCUCUCUCUAUUUUCCAGGAAUGCCUACCGUUUGUAACCCAGGCAUGGUACCUGUGGCAGUUCCACCUCCCGCUGUCAACCCUCAGCAUGUAUGUAAUGAAGAGGAUUUAAAAUCUAUCCAGGACAUGUUCCCCAACAUGGACAGAGAAGUAAUCCGUUCAGUGCUAGAAGCCCAGAGAGGGAACAAGGAUGCUGCUAUCAAUUCCUUGCUUCAAAUUGCAGAGGAAUCUUAGACCAUCUGCUCAUUUUCCAUCUUCAUUGUUACCUUUACUUUUGAUUUGCCAAGCCCAGGGAUUUAGGCAGAGGAAGAAUUUCUUGAGAAAGCAUCCUGUCUGAGAGAUUGUGUUCCCAUUUUGUUGGUGGUGGUUGUUGGACAUUUGCACAUUUUGUUUUUACAUAUGUUCUAUAGAAAUCUCAGCCAUUUUUAUUAAUAUAUCAGUUCUGUCAUGUAUGGCUGCAUUGGUUUGAGAGGUGGAGUUGGAGCAUCUAUGCUGCUUUUUUUUCUUUCCCCACUUUGGAAAACAAACACACACAAGCUUAUUCAGCUAGUUUUGACACUAUGCAUUCUGUUGUCAUAAGAGAUAGAGUAUAGGUUGAGUGAUCACAGCAGACUGUGAUCAGGGGGUUUUCUUAAAAGUUCCCUCCUAUCAAAAAAAUAUUUGUCUGAAAAGUGAUUAGACAGUGCCCUUCAGCAGGUUCAGCAAUUUAUAACAAUUCUUAGUAUAGACAAACUGACCACUUUUGUGAUCUUUCUAAUGAGAGAUCCCAUUGCUCAACCUAUUAAUCGGGCACCAAUGCAAUAUAUUUGUUGAGUUUUGUUUGUUUAGAGAUAGCUACUCUUAUCGGAUGUGCUGCUGUGCAUCUGAAAUCUGAAGUUAAUUGUUUCUCGGGCCAUAGUAGCAAAGACUGGAGGAACAGGGUUAUUUCCUAAUUUGUGUUUACUUGCACUGUCCUUGCUUCUACAUUUGUGAGACAUUCAAAAAGAUAAAGGUGAGAAGAUUUUAUACUUGGGAAAAUUUGGCAUCACAUUUUAAUAAAUGUCCUUAUGAUCAGUUACCAUAAAAUAAUAAUAAUGCUUUAAAAGAAAUUUUCAUUUUUCAUCCAUAAUCAUUUGUUAUGGAUGAAAUCUUCAAUUUUUCCAUUUUGAGAAAAAAAAAUUCAAGGCAUAAUACCAGUAUGAUAUACACAGUCAUUACUCAUUGAGUACCAGUUGGCCUUAAUUCCAUCAAAACUGAGGCAUGUGAAAGAAUCCAUUGUCACAAAUGAGGCAAACCAAAUUUAAAAUACAAUCCCAGUAUGUUGGAAGAGGGGAAUUGUACAUAUUCAUUGUGUAUUGUUAGACCUACAGAACUGUAGAAGAGGACAAAUUUUUUCUGUUUAAUCAGUUCCUUUCUUGUUUGGCAAAAAAGCAAAGUAAUGCACUUUAAUAUGCACAUGCUUUCUAAAUGUGCUGUUUGGCUUAUUGAUGGAUUUAAAGCAUUUUAAUUACUUUCUGUAAUUGCCAGCCAUACUUUGUACUUUCUCAAGUGUUUGAACACAGUUCAGUCUCUCAGAUUGGUUGUGACUUUUAUCACUUUGGAAAAAAAGUGUGCAUGUUUUUUCUCCCCCCCCCCCCCCCAAUUCCUGCUCCGCUCCUGCAAGCAUUCAAAAAAUUGUCCACUAGAAUACUUCAUCAUAUCAUCAUAAGUACUCCUGCAAGCAUUCAAAAAAUUGUCCACUAGAAUACUUCAUCAUAUCAUCAUAAGUACUCCUGGCACAGCCAGCUUAUAGUUCAAAUAUUUAUUUUUUUAAUGAGUAAAAUAUAGGGGAGGAAAUGAUUUUUAAAUACAGUACCAAAAAUUUGUGUGUUUUCUUUCUGUUUGUUGCUUAAAGCGUAUGUAUCCUUCCAUCUAGCUAGCAGACUUGCAUCUGUGAGCAUUUAUUCCCUCCUCCGCCUUCCUAUCCUUCUGUUGCUUUUUAAAUACAUGAAUACAAUCUGCUGCAAUGUGUGUAUUUUACAACAUCCUCUAGAUCAGUCUUUAACAACUUGAUGCCCUCCAGCUGUUUGUAUAACUUCCAGCCAGCAUGGCUUUGGGCAGUUGUAGUCCAAAACAUCUAAAGGGCACCAGGCUGGCAAGGGCUGCUCUAGACCGAAGAAGCUUGUGUGUCCAUCAGAAAAUUAGCUUGGAUACUUUCUUCAUAUUUUACAAUACUUUCAGGAUCAAACUUUUAUCUAAUGGCAUACCUUGUCAGUAGCAUCAUAGUACAGGUAAGUCUUGUGGUAUUUGUGAACUAAUAUAUUUUGAGAACUCAGACCUACUCAGCGGAAAGUCUGGAAUAACAAUUUGAUGUUUGGGGAAAUCUGCUGUAGCAUUAUACCCAUAGAAUAAAAUGGACUGUGUAGUUCUAGAAAACUACAUCCAAGUAAAGUACUUAAAUUGAAUUAUUAUUAAGAUUAUUCUGGAGAUGGUUUUAAAGGGUUUCUUUUAGCUUAGGGAAAAUCCUGAAUUGUAAACGCAGUGCAAACAGUUGAGAAUGCACUUUCACAAUAAAGACAUAAAUAGAAAUGGGAGUGUUUUGACUAAAUUCAGUUUCUGGAAGGUACAAGGAUAUGAGACCUGUUGAAAGUCUGGGAAGCUUUAGUAGUGGUUGUUAAGCUGCAUUUUUAAACAAUAGAGCAGAGAGAACCAUCGAAGAACAUGGGUAGUAAAUAUGAUAGAUUGCUAUUAACAUGUUCCUCUAUCAUGAAGAAAACAAUGACAACACACAGUCCUGUAUUAAUGUCCUGCAUUCAAUGACUACUAUGUAUCAUUAAAGUUGAAAGGGGUAAUUUCAAGCAUGGCUACAGUUAUAUGCAUAUCUUUUCUUGAUAACUAACGGGAUUUCCCCCGAUCCUUCAAACAUGUGUUUGGAAGUAAUCCCCAUGGAUUUUAAUGAAAUUUGCCUCCAGAUCAGUGGGAAUAAGAUUGGGGUGCAAGUUGCUGAUGUGUGAACUGAAAUGCACUAGUCACCUGUCAAGAAAAAGAAAUGCUGUGCAACGCACAAUUCUCAAUGCAAUUUCUCUCAUGCUCAGUUUAAAUGAACAGCAUGUUCAGCUUUGUGCAUCUGGCACAGCAUUCCUCCACAGCCGGAAGAACUCUGCUGAAGACUGAACUGGUAUUUGCACUAGCUUCAAACCUGCCAAGGACCUGUGAGUGGGUUAAAUACAGGAAUAAUCUUGUCUAGCUAGAUGCUUGCCACCUUCUUCUCUACUGCUGUGUGAGUGUGUGCUGAUGGUUCCAAGUGUUUCCUUUUGCAGAUAUUAUUGCUUGUGUUGACUGACCUGUAAUACUGUAUAGAGGAUGUUUUGCUGUAAUAAUUCUGAAGACAUUGUUUUUUACUGUAUUGAGGUUCAGAUGUUUGUCUCUUGCAUUGUAAAAUAUUUUAUCCCAUUCUAUCUAAUUUAAUAAAUGUGUACCAAACCAUGGGAAAGUGUUUGUUUUUAAUAGGCGACAUUAUGUUCCAGAGGCUAGGAAUUAUAUUAAGUGAAACGUAGACAAUUUUUAAAUCCAGCUAUUACUCACUGAAGCUAAUAGGACUAACCUAAGUCUGUUGCUACAUUGAGUAAAACACAACCCA